GCCGUUCCUACAUUUAAAGAUGAGCUCCCCAUCAAACCGGCGGCGUUCGGUUCAUGCGGUUGGGUGAUGGCAAGCAUGCAACCAUCUCAAGACGACCGAUACUGGGAUGCUUUCCAAGGCAGUUGGUACCGCUUGGCUGACAAUCGCUGUGUCGGUGAGAUUUCCGGGAACAGCAUGAUCUGGCAUGUCCAGUGGAACAUGCCGGAAGCGGUAAGUCCGCUGGAGCACCUCAACGACGAUGUGGUGAUGAAUGAAGUUGACGGAAAUAUCCUCACAGGCAGAGUCCGUCGAGAGGGACAAGUGACCAUAUUGUGGAGUGAUGGUGAUGUCUGGCUGUUGAAGUAA